AUGGAAAUUGAUCCGGAGCGCAAGACAGUCUUAAAGACGUUUCUUCAAAAGACCAAAACCCUUGAGACGAAGGAUGUAGCUCUCACAAAAAUCAAAGAGGAAUUAGCGAGUGCCAAAGAACAGUUUACCCGGAAUGAAGCGAUACUUCUUUCCCUGCAAGCCAUUGGGAUGUCGAUAGCAGAAGUUUUGAAGUGUUUGAGUGAAGACAAGUACAUUGUUAAAGUGUCUAUGGGCCCGCAUUAUGUUGUCGGGUGUCGUAACGCACUUGACAAGUCGAAGAUCACGCAAGGCACCCGAGUAGCUCUCGACGUCUCGACGAACACGAUCAUGAAGAUUCUUCCCCGAGAAGUUCAUCCCGCGGUCUAUUCGAUGUCAGUUGAAUCGCCUGGUUCAGUAGCUUAUACGGACA